GUAACGUAUGUGUGAUUAAUGCCGGCACAUGCCGCUCCUUCUGUGAGAAGGUGAACACUGCAACCUGGUGGUAGGUUAUUUAACGUGCGUAUGCUGUUUUUUUUGUCCAGUCAGUCCCUAAUUAGGCUCCUUAGCUAAUCUUUGGUCAGUUCUGUUACCUGAUGGCUAAAAUUAGAACUCUGUAAGAACUCUAUGGACGUGUAUUUUUAUCCAUCGAUUUGUUUUGUUUUGCUUUUCAAAACAACGGGCGAGGGGCUAUAAGCAAAAAGCUGUUAAUUCUGCAGUUAAUUCUCUGUCAAAAAGCAGAGAGAGUAGCUAUGUUGAAGUAGGUAGCAUAAUGAAGGUUAAUUACCACAAAAUGCCAAAGAGUCAUGGUUGGGCCAGGGCGUGGACUGAGAACCUCAAACAUAAGGAAUGUUCCCUUUCUGUGCAGCAGUUCUUCCCUGAUCGUGACGCUUAUUCACCAUUGGUCUUUACAGACUUUUCAAAGUCAGCGGUAAAGAUGCCUUUUCAGAAUAUGACCUCCCUUGUUGAAAAGUGCUCAGAAUCACAUGUAUUAUUCACUUUGUCCUGCAACGUGGAAGCACAAUGAGGGGUAUUAACUGACUGCACCAUUUUGUUGGCAAAGACCAGCGACCUUCUGAAGCAGAUCCACGCUGUGACAGUGAGCGGUUGCAUGUGUAAGCCUCGCGAUUCCAUCCAUCCGCCCAUGAUCCCAUUGUAAGUAGGCAGAUAAAAAAACUUCCCUUCCUGCACAGCGGUUCCUAGCCGAUCCAUGUGAUGCGUUCCCCUAGACUCCACCUUUUAGACUCAUUGCCAAAUAAAAAUGUUCAACGCGGAUGGAAAAAUACACGAUACCACCACACAAUCGCUUAGACAAUGUGAAGUGCUUGGUUGCACAUUCAUCCCGCUGUUCUGCACGCUGAUCCAGUCUUUAGAAAGAAAGCUGACGCUGGUGCCCGAGCAUCAUGGCUUUCUGCUAUCGGGCGCAUUGAACGAUAUGGAAGCCAAGCAGCACUCGAUCAAGAGCCUAAAGAGCUACCCGGAGACGGGGGGCCGGAGCCUAGCAGCGGCAGCGGGUGGGGACGUCGGCGGAGGUGGAGUAGGGUAUCGUGCCGGAGCGGAACUGGAGAUGGACGCCAAGAUACAGAAAGCGGUGGACUUUAAAGCGGAGGGUCAUCGCUGUUACAAGGAGAAGAAAUUUCGGGAAGCGAUCGGGAAGUACCACCGGGCACUGCUGCAGCUCAAGGGGGUUCAUGUCGCCGAAGGGACCACGGGCUCCGAGGUCAACCUGCUGAACCAAGCCGCGGCCAAGCUUACGGAGGAGCAGCAGAGAGCUGUUGAGAGCACGGAAAUCGAGUGCUACGACAGCCUGACGGCAUGCCUCUUGCAGUCAGAGCUGGUCAACUAUGAGCGAGUGAAGGAGUACUGCCUGAAGGUACUCAGCCACCAGCAAGACCACUUCAAGGCCAUGUACCGCGCCGGCAUCGCCUACUACCACCUGGGCGACUACGAGUGCGCCCUGCGCUACCUGCGCGACGCCAAGAGCCGCGAGCCCACAGACACUAAUGUGUUGCGGUAUAUCCAGCUGACAGAAAUGAAAAUGAACAAGAGUGGCCUGCGGGAGCGAGAGAGUGGCAAAGAGGUGGUGGGCUAAGCUCCUCACCCCAUUGCUUCCAGUCUAACCCCUCCUUCUGCUUCAUCUCCUCCUCCUCCUCCUCCACAAUAUCCCAAUACUCACUAUUUCCUCCUUUUCGCUAAACACCUGUGUCCCAGAUAUGCUGGGACCAUAGCGCCACCUAGUGACAGGGGCAAGCCAUGCAUUCAUUCUCCCAUCAUCCUCCUUAUGAGACACACAGACACGCACACACACACACACACACACACACACACACACACACACACAAAAACGACAACACACCUCCCCGUGCUUUCGGACUAUCCGCCCAAGCUCAUUCUGAGCAAACAUGCAAGCCAACAAAAUAAACAGGUGACAUUUAAAUGGGAAUUACAAUCACGUCCAUUCAGCGGUCGAACACGAAUUAAAAAAAAAUACAUGGGACGUUGUUCAGCUAUUAAAAAAAAUACAAACAAAAAAAAUGUACGAUGUUUAUGUAUGUAAGUUUUCUUUCUUAUUAUUAUUUGAAAGAUGAGACUACAGAAGGGAUUUAGGUGCCAGUGUGUGACUUUACGAGCCACGGUCGCUCGGGAAAGAGGGACGACGGAGUGAAAGAGGCCGCCAGGAAGUCGCAGGUCAAGGCGGCGUCAAACGCAGCACUGUGCCCAAAUCGCGCUAUGAUUCACACCUACUCAGAGAAACAGUGCCCCCCGCCCCACCUCAGGCUAUACCACCAAAACAAGAGGGGAGGAGAGAGGUUAUGUAAGGAUGUAGCCUCUGUCUUUUUGAUACUGCAAAGAAGCUGGCCUGUUUUUGAUUAAUACUAUUUUCCUUUUCUUAACUUUCUCGUUCAAUUUGGGACUGUUUGACUUCAAGGGCUAAUUCCGUGUUCGUAGUUUCUUUGUUGGCUUUUGAUUUGACUCGAUGUUCUUGAUGUCAUUAACAUUGUAAUUCCGAUACUUUUUUUCUAAAGGAAAUACGAGCAUCUCUUAUUUUAUGGUUCUGAAGCAAAACUCUGUUCUUAUAUCCUGAUCUGUCAUCGACUGGUAUAUCCUGAUCUGUCAUCGACUGGUAUAUCCUGAUCUGUCAUCGACUGGUAUAUCCUGAUCUGUCAUCGACUGGUAUAUCCUGAUCUGUCAUCGACUGGUAUAUCCUGAUCUGUCAUCGACUGGUAUAUCCUGAUCUGUCAAUGACUGGUGUUUGUGUUUAUUUCACACUUGUCCCACCUUGAGAUCUGUGACCGUGUCGGACGUUUCACUAUCAUAGACCCACCCUUCCCCCCCUCCCCACAAUGCCCAGUAUGAAAUCACUGGAGAGGGUCUCCUCCAUUAGUGUCAGAAUGAGGAACCUCUCAAACCCCACAUUUCGCCGCUCUGCCGUUGCCCGGUCCGCCAUUCAGAAUCGCGUUGCGUGAGGUGUUGGUGAACGGUGGACCACCAUAUAAUGCAAAGGUGUUGUCUGUGCAGAAAAUACUACUACUAACAUCUGAGACUGUUCAUUAAUUUGCCUGUCAGAAUCGUGUAUUUGCCAUUUGAGAUUCUUAUUUAUUUUUCAUGUUUAAAGUAAGCUGUCAAUGUCACAAAUGGGUAAAAUAUUAGUAAAACUGUAAUACUGCUACAACAAGAUCUGUACUUAGUCUAAUAACAUUAAGAAUAAAGGAGUUCAUGGGAGUUUAUAUUAGCAAAACUAUAGAUCUAGUAAAUAGCCAAGUCUAAAGUCUGACCCUCCUGCUUCUCAGGGCCAAUGGGUCCAGCUGGAGUGGGGGCACACGGCCCAUUCAUCAACUAUAUUGUUGGGAGGGUCUUGGGGGGGGGGGAUUCCGAUCUCACACUUCUUCCCGUGCCGAAGAUCCCCUUGCGCCGGCACACAACCCACCUAGCCAGACUUACUGUGGCUUAACAAAGAAUGAGGAAAAGCGUUUUCCUGAGCUUAGCAGCGCUUGAGGGGACGAACCAGGUUUCGGUUGCUGGACUUUUGCUAAAACUGACCUGCAUGGCGAUGGAUUAGAAAAAAAAAUGUGGCAUGGUGCCCAAGUAGUGCACGCACAGGCCGGGGGGGCAUGUGGCCUUCCCCAGCGGCUCCUCAUCUCUACACUCCUCUUGUUCUCGUCAUCUGUGCUGAUGAACUCCUUAAAUGGGUCAGGGAGGGGGGGGGGGGCGAGAUAAUCGGUGGCCCAUCAAUAGUCAGCUUGCCUAAGCAGUAAGUCCCCAGAAGGCUUUGCAGGGACUGUAGCACAGAUUCAUGAAAGCAGCUAGGGGGCGCUGUCACGACACAUGGACUACGGUCAAUAACGACUUACCACUUAACCGGAUCAGGCAUAACAAACAAAGUGUGACAAAUGUACAACCUCUGAGCAAAUUGAAUAAAUACACAAUUAAGCAAAUAACUGGACCAGGCUGUUUCUCGCUGACUUAAUACUGCAAAUCGGAGAUAUAUCACUUUAAUCCAGAGGUGUAAUACAGAUGUAUAGGAGCUCGUUUCCUAAAGAGAAGCCCAGGGAAGCCAAGCCUGUUGACAUGCAAUGUUUUCUCUGCAUUUCUUUGAGGUUGGAACCGUGUUAUAAUGUUGCCACGGCAUCGCAGAGAUGUACUUACGUGUCAUCUGAUGCAUAAAACUGCUGUGCCGCUCCCUCUCUCUCUCUCUCUCUCUCUCCCUCUCUCUCCCUCUCUCUCUCUCCCUGUUUCUCUCUCUUUCUUGCACUGGGAAGAGAGCAGUGGCAGAUAGUAGCACACUGAGGUCACACUGUCUGGCUCCCAGGGGGUUCAGAUUGUCCGCUUGGGACCCAUGCGAAGGCUCACGUCUGAAGAGUAAGCCCCGCCCCCUGUCCCUCCCAUGCCCCACCCCUGCCCCGCCCCUUCUCAGCCCCACCCCAUACCAUGUGCUGCAUCCCGCCUUCCCACCACAGGCGGCACCUGUAUCUGUGCAUCGAGAGAGGCUCCUUCCUGUCAAACCUUUGGUGGAUCACAUCCAGGCAGAACAACAAAAGCACAACUCGAGAAACGUAGACAAGUAAAUCGCUGCGUGUUUUGCUUUGAUGUCACUUUCCGUAUAUGUUUGUUGACUGUCCAAGUGAGGAUUUUUUGUGGUUUUAAAAUUAUUGUAAAAAAAAAUGGUUGUGCUGAUAAAAAAAAAAAGCUUUAUUUAAUAGGACUGAUUUAUUUAUCUUUGAAAAGUGGUGGAGGAGAGAGUGUAAGGGUCAUAAAUAUGGCAGGCACCUUUAGGCAACGUGCAUCCCUGGAAGCUUCCGGAAGUUUGUCCACUCUGUGUUCUGUGUGGGACCUGAAUCAUGUCUCUGGCCUCCGAGACGCCAUACGGAAGGCUGAGGAUCCGGAGCGUGCCAUCUUAGAAGCUUCCAGAAGCAGACUCCAUCUUCAGGGGAUGGACAUUGAUCCUGCGUUUGGUUGUGUAAAAGAGACAUUUUUCUGAGAGACUUUUGAAUGGAAUGAUGUGAGACCCAAAAAAAAAAAAGAA